CCAGCUGGUGAAACCCUAAACCUCUGCUCUACUAAUCCACUCUGAGAGUGAGUGUGAGAGUGAGUGAGAGCAAGUUUCCGAGGAAAAAAAUGGCGCAUCUUCCGAUGGAUAUCGUCAACGAGUUAUUCCUCCGUCUCCCGGCAAGUUCGUUGGUCCGAUUUCGACUCCUCUCGAACCCUUGCUUCUCUCUGAUCGACAGUCCCGAUUUCAUCGCAUCGCAUCUCAAUCGCACACUCGAAACCGGAGAUCACCUCAUGGUCUUGCUGCGAUACCCUCGGCUUCUACGUAUGGUGUACCUCGACGCACCGGAUAAGGUCUCCGACGUUGAGCAUCCUUUGCAAGCCGGUGGUUUUACUGACGUUUUCGGUUCAUGUAACGGUUUGAUCGGUUUAACCAACUCUCCUACUGACAUGGCGCUUUUCAACCCUUCAACCCGGAAAAUCCACCGGUUACCGAUUGAACCCGUCGAUUUCCCGGAUUGCUUGAUCACUCGGAAGUAUGUGUUGUAUGGGUUGGGUUACGAUUCGGUGAACGAUGAUUACAAAGUUGUGAGGAUCAUUCAGUGUAAGCGUAAAGGAGACUGUGGUUACCCUCUUGAGAUCAAAGUUUUCAGCUUGAAGAGUAAUUCGUGGAAGAGAAUCUAUCUUCUUUUUGAGGUUCAACUUAAAUUCAUCUACUUCUAUUACCAUGUGUUGUAUCGCCGUGGAUAUGGUGUUCUAGCUAGCAACAGCCUUCACUGGAUUUUACCUCGAAGACAAGGAGUUAUUGCCAUAAAUUCGAUUAUUAGAUUCGAUCUUGCCUCUGAGGAGUUUGAUAUCGUCGGUAUCCCAAAGGAUCUUUUCUAUGAAGAUAAUUUUGAUUUGGGUGUGUUAGAUGGCUGCCUUUGUGCGAUGAGUUACCACGAGUUUACCCAUGUUGAUGUUUGGAUUAAGAGGGAACAUCAAGAUGAAGGAUCUUGGACUAAGCUGUUUAAGGUGAAGAAACCAGAGAGUGUUGGAUCGUUGGAUUUUAUGAGACCUUUGCUCUAUUCCAAGGACAAGAGCAAGGUUUUGCUGCAGAUCAACGUUGGGAAGCUCGUGUGGUAUGAUUUGGCGAGUAAGAGUUUUGAGACGCUUGGGAUAAAGGACUGUGAAGGUUCGUGUUCCGCAGAACUAGUUGUGAGUAGCCUUGUUUUGGGAUGUAAAGGAGAUCCUCGCAGAGCUCGAGAAAACAAAAUGAUGCAGAAGAGUAACAAAAGGGAUGGUUUUCUGUCCAAGGGAUUCAAGCUGAAGCUAUGAGCAAAGCAGAAGAAGCCCAAACCUAAAUCAAGAGUUCUGGAGUUUGAUUUUUCAGGUGCAGGCGUAGGAGGAAAGGAAAUGGCUUUAAGCAACUUCGUCAAAUCCUAAUCCCAUAUUAGGUCUUAGUACUAAUUAUCUUAACCUAUGUCGUACGUAAUUAUGUCCUAUGAUUAGAUAGAGCUCUUCUAAAUGUUAUUAAUUAACUCUUUUGAGUUUAAUCUGUUGCAAUAUACGA